CACAUGGAGCAUCGUUGGGAGCCAGAGCGCACCAUGUGAAGGAGGGAGAGCUGAAACUCCUGACAAACAGGACACUACAGUAACUGGGAAACACAUUUUCAGGUUUGCACGGGAUUUUUCAUCUGGGUUAUCUUGAGAUACACUUGAUCAACAGGCUACAAGAUCACCUCCAAACACUCCCUUAAGUGGGAAUCUUCUCGUGCGCGAAUCUCCACGUCGUCAGAUUUGUAAACUAGCCGCAGAACCGCGCGUCUUUGAUGAACUCUCCUGUCAUUAGAGGACUGAGUCUGAAUUCAUGACAACAUUCAUCGGGUCCGGGAUAUAUAUAAAGCGCACACAGUCGGGAUGGAGUCGUCUAAUGCCAGCGGUAUGGACGCGUUCACGGUGAUCCAUCUGAAUUCCUCCUGGAGCGCGGACAGUGGAUAUUCUUUAGCAGCAAUAGCCAGCAUUGCUGCUCUAGUAAGUUUUCUCAUUCUCUUUACCGUUGUUGGAAAUAUACUGGUGGUUAUUGCUGUGUUAACGAGCAGAGCGCUGAAAGCUCCCCAGAACCUGUUUCUGGUGUCUCUGGCCACCGCGGACAUCCUGGUCGCCACUUUAGUGAUGCCGUUUUCUCUGGCGAACGAACUCAUGGGCUACUGGUAUUUUGGAAAAGUUUGGUGCGGUAUUUAUCUGGCUUUGGAUGUUUUGUUUUGCACUUCGUCUAUUGUGCAUCUGUGCGCAAUAAGCCUGGACCGGUACUGGUCUGUUACGCAGGCUGUAGAGUACAACCUGAAGCGGACUCCAAAACGCGUCAAGUGCAUCAUCGCAAUCGUGUGGCUUAUAUCUGCUUUCAUCUCAUCUCCGCCGCUCAUAUCUAUAGACAGCAACAGUGACAUCAGCUCUCAGCCUCAGUGCGAGCUGAACGAUGACACUUGGUACAUUCUCUCCUCCAGCACCGCGUCCUUCUUCGCUCCCUGCUUAAUCAUGGUCCUCGUCUAUAUUAGAAUAUACCAGGUGGCCAAAACCAGAACCAGAAGCAUGUCGGGAAAAAAUCCCAGGCCAGAUGGCGUUACACAUACUGAGAAUGGGCUGACCAAAGCCACCUCCACUUUCCAUGGCGAGAAAGAGAAUGGUCACUGUCAGUGCCCGCCUACGCCCAGCCAACGCACAGUCACCGCGGGGCCACCGACUGAGGAUGCUGACAUGGAGGAGAGCUCCUCCUCAGAUGGCAAAGGUCACAAACCACAGCACCAGGACUCCCAGAGAGGCAGGAGGGCCAGCCAAACUAAAAGCUCCCUCUCCAAACACUCCACUCGCAUCUCCAGAGUCAGUAACAAAUCCAUUGACAUGUUUGCCUCCAGGAUGAAACGUCGCCGGAGCUCCUUCACCAGGAAAAAGGUCUCUCAGGCCAGGGAGAAGAGGUUUACAUUUGUCCUGGCUGUGGUUAUGGGGGUAUUUGUUGUUUGCUGGUUCCCAUUUUUCUUUAGCUACAGCCUUUACGGGGUGUGCAGGGACUCCUGUAGGAUUCCUGACCCACUCUUUAAAUUCUUCUUCUGGAUUGGAUACUGUAACAGCUCCCUCAACCCUGCCAUCUACACCAUAUUCAACCGGGACUUCAGACGCGCCUUCCAGAAGAUCCUUUGCAAGUCGUGGAAAAAGUCCUUUUAGAUCUGAAGCAGAUGUGCUGCACCACAUGACAAUCUUAAAGGAAAUAUCAAAGUGAAUUAAAAAAAACAAACAUGUUACUGCCACUCAUUACGUCUCAUUGUCCUGUUGCAAUCAGUCAUGGCAGUGCACAUCCUGAUUCACCUACUGGGUGUCUGCACAAGCUUCAGCAUAAAUUGUGUUUCAAUUACAGACUUUCGCGGCCUGAUACAUGAGGACCACUAUUCUUUUACUCUUACUGAAGUUGUGCUGUAAUGCUUUAUAGUGUACCAUCAUCAAUCAAGGUCUUUAUACAUCCUCAAAACAUACGCACAUGGAUGGAUUUAUCUGCCAGGAAGCCCCAGGGGCAGAGAUAAGCUGCUGGGGCCCCCUCAGCCUUCCUCGGUUUCUCCCACUCUCUGUGCAACGUGUACAAUAUUUCUAUGCUUUGUGAGCUAGAACACUACCUGACCCCAGAUCUGUGGUCUGGUAAUUUAACACAUUAACUUUGAAGGAAUCUGCAGAAUAUUUGCACAAAGCUGAGAUGAUGGAGGUUUUAAAUCUUGAUUUUGACACAGGGAUUCUUUUCAAUAUAGACAUUUGAAUGGAUAGUUUGCAUUUUGGGAAAUCACCUCUUAUUUGCUUUCUUGAUGAGAGGAGAAAUCCUUCUCUACUAUAAAUAUGUAGCUGGAGUAAGUGGCUGGCUAGCUUAGCUUAGCAUGAAGGCUGAAAGCAGAGGCAAACAGCUAGCCUAGCCUAGAAGCGCCUCUAAAGCUCUUUAAUUAUAUCUCAUUUGUUUAAUCCACACAAAAACUGAAGUGUAAAAGAACAACAAAUAUCUCGUUUUCCAGGAGGUUAUGUGUUGUCCUGGCAACCAGUGAGGACUCCCUGAAGUUACUGGCCGAUAAAACUUGUGAACUCAUUAUUUUAUGCUUCAGUUUAUGUACAGACUAAGCAAAGCUGACAUAUGUUAGUUGGUGAGCUUUACAGGAGCUGGUAGGUGGAUCCUGGUACCUUUGGACAAAGCCAGACUAGCUGUUUCCCCACCUAAGGGACCUUAUCAUAUCAAGGUUGUGCUAAAAACCUUCAAUUCAGUCAGAUCUGUUCACCCACAUUAAGCCUGGAACCUAGAGCACUUUAAGCAAAGCUCAAAUUCUUUUAGAGGCCUGAAAGGCAAAAAUUAUGCAGCAUUUUCCAGAAAAUUGUUUUUUUUAAAAGUCAGAAAAAUAAUGUUCUUUUUUCCACUUCAUGACCUUUGAGAUUCAUCUUUGUGGCUCCCAACCACUGACUCUAACAGAUACAAACCCCUUUGUCCUUGUCCACUUGCCUUGAUGUUGUUGACUGUGCCAGCUUUAAGAUUUCUGAGUGUCUUUGCUAUAAACAGACUCUAGACUGAAGGAAGAACAACUGAGCUUUUGAGCACCCGGAUGCUUUGAGUGUAUCCAUGCCACCAAAGUAUCAUCAUGGUAAUUCAUAACGCGGAUGGGAAAUAGCAAAGCACAACAGUAGAUGAACUCCCCACAGUCAUCGGUAGUGAUGUCUCACGGGAUGCUAAAACGUUGAGACGGACAGCGAAGGGCUGAUGCUCCAGAAUAUAAGCUAAUUAUUUUUAUGAUGUGCAAAUUAGGUCAUUAUUUUCAGAGGGACCAGUGACUACUGAGUGUUUAAGAACAAAUUCAGUUAUUUAUCAUUUAUCUUUUAAGAAACUACCUCCCUGUUUGUUCACUUUUGUUUGUGUUGCCGUUUUUGGAUUUGUAUAUUUCGAAGUGCAGUACACGUUUCCUCUGCUUAAGCUGUCUGCUGUCGUGUGAAAAUAAAAGAUGGACAAGUCUUAACGUCAGCUGCUGUUGUGGUGUUAAAACAUGGAUGGUCAUGCAUAUGUGCACCAAAUGCUUAAGUAGCUAUUAUAUAGUUAUUAAAUGCUGUUUAUUAAUGGCCACGUUACACAGGCCAUGUUACAUUUUUGUCAUCUGGCAAUGUGUGACAUUUCCUUCACUUCAAAUUCAUUAACAAACGUUGGCAGCUUCAGAAUAAUCAAGUGCAGCGGUCUCUCGGUCUGUAGAUGUAUGAGCUUUCAUCAAAUUAAAAUGUGACAGGUGUUAAUUUGAUCUAACUCAGCAGUUUCCUUUUCAGCUGAAACAUUUAUACAGCGAGAUCCAACAUUUGGUUUUACGGGCUCGGUGCAAAAUGUUAUCCGUCUUAAUUUGGUAGAAAAAUUAAACAGUCAUGAGCAGACUGGUAACUACAAAACUGCUCAUUAUCUCUGCCUGUCAGGGGACUUUAGGGCAACACAAGUCCACAUUGCACUUUCUUGGGGUUUGGGCUGUGAAAUCAAUGAGGAUGCCACCGUGAGGUCAAAAAGAGGAUCAGUCCCUGUGGUGGGCUGUGGCAAUGCCUGUUUUAGGGUGUUGGUGACCUCUCAGCACAACAGGUUUGAUGUAGCUUUUGGCUGCCUCAAAAUCUAAUCUUCCCCUGAGCCUCUUUGGGCAGGACUGAGGUAAAACCUGAAUUCUCAAAAUUAAACUCUUGCUGCUUUUCCUCCUACUUCUCUGCUGUGGCUGAGUGUGCGCAGCCAAAAACCAUUUGUAACGAGCUACGAAUCCAUCUGUUCUGUCGGCUGUUUACAGCCACCGGGGAUUUAUGUCCCAAAAAACAAAAGGAAACAGUGUCAGUCUGUGUAACUGUUUGAAUAAAGAGAAUAAACACAGAGGCCUAACAUGGUGGAUGGACGACAGCAGGCAGUUAUCUCUUGUACAAAGUGGUGACAUAUUUUCCCUGUAAUAAAAACAGUCUUUUGACAUAUUACCAUAGCUGAGAUUUUAUGACUUUAAAACCAUUUCACUUCACAAAACUAUCUUGUAAAGACAUUUCACUCCGUUACAACGUGUGAAAGUAACUAACAAAAUACAACAAAACUCAGUUGAUUCUUCAAGGAACCUCUGUCAGCCUAUGGUGUAAUUAGUUCCCUCAUUAUACAAAACAAAAUAAGCAACUGGGAACCAAAUAAGAACCAUACAAAUGGAGACUACUUUGAAAGGUGCCCCAAGGAACAAUUACAGGGCUGUGUGUUCAUUGCGGUGUAGGUGGCCACUGGGCCAGAGAAGCUUUUCUCAACACACUUCCAGUAUAGAACUGGAGACUGACUGCACAUAUGUAGUUAGUGCCACCAGGUAAUUAUGACCAACUGUGUUACAGCUUGACAACCUCCAGCAACUGUAGUAACAAUGACACAAAGGAGGAAGUGAUGUAGUUUACAAACAGCGCUGGGAAGGUUACUUUCUAAAUGGGUUAGGGAUUUUUAGUUAAAAGUAAUGAAGCCGUUUU